AUGUGGUCUAACUUUUUCACGCAGCAGGAAGAGGAUUCACGAAUGGGUGGGCAUGUGGGUGCCGGGGCCGGGGGAGGGGGAGGGCGAGGUAAAAACAGGUCCAGGUCCAAACACAUGAGUGAGAGCCAAGAGGGCAAGAUCAAGAUAGCAUUUUUUGUGGCCAUUGUGGGAGUGACUCUAACUGUGCUGGGAGUGGGCACAGAGUUCUGGGUGGAACUGGCACAACCUAAACACUUCCAAAACAACCAGUCAUGCCAGAUGGUGCACUACGGCCUGUGGAAGGCCUGCACACGCACACUCUGGGUGUCCGACAUUGACCCGGAGAGAGAGAGCUGUGGUCCGGCAGAGCUGCCUGGAGAAUCAAACUGCACAUACUUUAAGUUCUACACUUCUGGAGAGAAUGCAGUCAUUUUUAAGAAAACAACAGAUAAAAGCGUCCUGAUCAUGCUGUGCAUCGUAGUUUUCCACCAGUCUGUACUGGCACUGCUAGCGAGUGAUCACACUGUCCCUCUGCACUACGAGAUGUCCUGGUCAGUGGUGUGUGUAGGCUCGGCCGGGGCCAUCCUCCUUGUCGGUGGCAUUCUCUUCCUGUUGAUUUCUUUACCCUUCAAUCCAUUCAAAAAAUGCUUAACACACCAAAACAGCAGUGCCUAG